AAUUGAUAAACAUUAUCAAAGAACUUGCUCAAGUAUACACACACACAAAUAAACCUAAAUAUUUUGUUAUCUCGCGUUCGGCUGUCUCCAACGCGGUUAGAUAGAUAACAACACACAUUAGUGUACCAAAAUAUACUUUCAUUUAGUACAAAACAUACGUUUAUGUAUUUAUUUUUUAUAAUGAUAUGAAUUUGUUGUUUAGAUCAGAUUUGUUUUAAUAUAAUAUUUAUUUAAGAAUCUUUUAAUAUGGAUUCAAACGAUUUAUUUGCAAAUAGUCUUCCAAGUACUUCAACAGCAUCUGAUGAAGGUGUGAUAUCUGUGGAUGUAUCAAGAGGAGCUCUGGUGGACUCCAUGACAGACAUGUCUGAGACGGCCAUACCUCCUGACUUGAUCAUCUCAGCAGAGGCAAGUGGAGAAAAUGUAGAAGAUUCAGGAAAGCUUACAUUAGCAUAUGAAAGGCUAUAUGAAGUACCCAGGACUAUAGUGGAGAGAUUCUCUGAUCAUAUCAAAUAUAUAGACCUCAGUCACAAUAAGAUCACGAACCUGGAUGCUCUAGUACACUUCAAACAUCUAACAUCUCUGAUAGCCGACCACAACCCAAUCACUGAGAACUGCGUUCUGCCACCGCUGCCAAAGCUUGAAUUACUAUGGUUAAACCACUGCAAAAUAUCAUCCCUGUACCCGUGGGUGGGUAAGUUGAAGGACUCGUGUCCGAACCUGCAGUACUUAUGUCUAAUGGGCAACCCGGCCGCGCCGAGCUACUUCAACGGAGGUACCUUCUACGAGUAUUUACAAUAUAGGUUAUUCGUGAUAUCCCAGUUUCCAUCAUUGAACCACUUGGACGACAGGAAAGUGACGGAUGACCAGCGGGCCGAAGCCCACAGACUUUACAAGAGGCCGUUCCUGGAACGAAUCAUCAACCCUGGAUCUGGAGGGAUAUCAAUUCUAAACUCCUCUGUUAAAUGGAAUAAUGUUCAAACCAAACUGGCUUCCUUGUGGGGUAAAGACAACGGCAGAAAUAAUAGAAAUCUUUUGAUUUAAAUGGAUUGCAGAGAAGCAAUGGCAUAAAUUAUCUAUAAUACCCGAGGUAUUUAUUGUGUUUGAGAGGUAUUUUCGGAUAUUUCGUGUAAAGGAAAGCAGGUUUGAGGAUUUACUUGAAACAAUUAAAUCCUCAAACCUGGACACACGAAUUAAGUACUGUUAUUUGAUAUUUCAAACAAUACAUAAUUUUUGUGAUAUUUCAAGCCUAUCUUAUAUUUUUGAGUAGAUAUGGUGCUCCCUAUAAGAUGAAUUGUUCUUAUUAACUAUACAUUGGCAGCCAUACUUCCCGUUAAAUCAAUUGUUUUGACACUUUUGAAGUAUAAUAAAUGAUUAACGGGUGUUUACUAUUUCUAGACUUUGCUAUAAUCUAUUUCUUACUCUAUCUACCAGCCUAAUAAUGUUAAGAUAGUUUUAAUAUAAUAAUGUAAUAUAUUCAUACUUAAAAUAUUGUUCAAUAAUAAUAUUGUUAUAAAAAAAAUGUAUUUGUAAUGUAGUCCCAAAUUAAAUAAUUAUCAUGACAUAUAAUAGUAAAAAUCAGGAAAUCAGGUAAAACUUAUAUUUCAUUGUAAUAACAAAAUUUACGCUAUGUGGAUAUGGCGUAAUAUUCUAUAAUUUAUAAAACACUUCUAACAUUACCCUACUACUGGCAUUUUUAAAAAAAUAAUUUAUUUUUGGGUUUAAUUCAGUUUAAUUUUUUUUUUUUGUUAUUUUCGACAAUUAAUCGCAUUCACUAAACUUCGUCUAAACUAUAAAUUACCGAUGGUUGUGGUUGCAUUCCUGCCAUUUUACAUUUGAAUUCUUUUAAACAAUUCAACAUUCCUUUUAACAGCAACCAUGACUACUAUUUCGCAAAUAGGUACUGAUGGACUUUUUUAUAAGCUAAUUUAAUAAUUAUUAAUUUAGAAAGACUAUGGUGCUACAAAAAUACCCACAGGUCUGUAAGCACCAAGAAAUUAAAAUAAUCUAAUUAAUUUAGUUGGUAAAAUGUAUUUCGUAAUCGCAUCCUUAAUCGCCAUCAAUCAGAACAAAAAUUAAGCUGCGCCAAACGUGUUUUGAUGUGCGUACGCAUACGUUCGCAAUUUGAAUGAAACGGUUAUUAAAAAUGGCAGACUCGCGAUUAAGAAUGUAAAAACAAUGCUAAAUAGAGUACUCGACGAAAAAAAUAUUACGAAAUAUCUUACUGUCGCUUCUUUUGCUGACGUUACGUAUUUUCAUUACAAAAUAUAAGAUUACGUUUAUGUAAUUUACACAAUAAAUGUUUAUGUAAAAGAUCAUGUAGUCGUAAGAUAUUGAUUAAGUUUGGUAAUAAAUAUGAAUAAUGCUGAAUUUCGUAACUACAUAGUUUGCAAAUGAAUUAUCUCUCUGUGUAAUAUUUUAGGGUAACUUAGUAAUUGUGUAUCUAAAUUGACGCGAUACGUUUUUUUUUAAUAUAAAUGUAUUGGUAAUAUUUGUAGAAUAAAUCCGUCUUAUUGAUUUAUUAACUGUGAAAUCGGUGAAUUCUAUGGUUCGAUUUUUAAGUCUGGCAAUGAGAUGCCAACGACUGGGUUCGGCGACCAACAAGAGCGCCGUAGCCUGCCUGUCCCUCUGGGUAUAAGUCGUGAGCUUAUUAUUUAAUAUAUAAUUAAGUUUAUUAUUUAAAUAGCAAGUUGUGAUAGAUACUUAUGAAAUUAAACACUGUACGAUACAGGUAUUUGUUAUAUUACUUAUAUUUACAUUAUGCUACAUUGUUAAAUAAAUUCUUUAUCAAUUAAA